CUGGUCUGACCGAACAGAGCCGCGAUCAGUCGCUGUACUUAACGGAACGAGAGGUUUGGGUGCGGACUAUCACUUUUUCAUUCAGAGACCCGUAUUUGCCCACGUUUGGAAUAUUUUGUUCCACUUUAACGCACGGCAUCAUCGCUGACAUUACUGGAGUGACAGCCAGACCCGCACGAGUUCUGAUUGCAUGGGACGCAAACUCAACUUGGAAACGCUUCACAAGCUAAUUUAAGAGACUCAUCGACUGCUGAGGCCAUGUUUUCCAAGGCCACUGCCAAGUUUGUUCGUCAGGUUGAUCCCGAUGGAAGCCUCAUCCACGUGUCCCGAGUAAAUGAUUCCCAGAAACUUGCUCCCAUGGCACUUGUUGUCAAGCGCAACUGCGUCCUGCCCUGGCAGAAGCCCAAAUACCAGCCCACAGAUUUUACCCUCAGCGACUUGUUGCUGGGUGACAGCGUGCUCAGUCCUGGAGUGUCUGAUGCAGAAUUCCUGACCUAUAAGGAGAUAUACGGUGAUGAUCAGUCCGGGACUCUGGACACAAACGUUGGCCAUGUAAGCGUUGCACUGGAGGGACGGGGCACAUCCAAGCUCCAGUCAUGUUUUGGCAAGCUGAAGAAAGAGGAAUUGGACGUGAAGAAACUGUUGAGAGACUCCCACGACAGGUUAGUGGACAUGCAGCAUGUGCUGGUGCAGCAGCUGGAGAAGCGUGCUGAAGUGCUGGCAGUGGUAAAGGAGAGGAUCCUCACCACCAGCUCCUGCACUGUCACUCUGACAAAACAGCAGCAGUGCACCUUUCGGGCGGUACUCGGGCUGCUGGGGCUGCUGGGGAGCUCUGUGAAGGUUUGUGUGAAGGAUGUCAACAACAUUGAGAUAAACAGUGACAUUUCCUUGGAAAUCCCCUCGGGUACAGUCAUUGCAUACAGCAUACUGGAGCUGGAGAUAAAAAAAAAUGGACACUAUGAUAUAUGCCUGCGGCCUAGCACAAUCGGAGGCUUUGAGGAGGACAAUGCCUCAGCGUACGGUUCGCCCGAUCAUUCCUUUACUACAGUGGACGGCAAGAUCAACGGACACACAAUUCAAGACAAAGCAUCUCAGGGUGUGCUACAUGAUGGAUCACAGGAGAUGGAGCUUUCUCCUCUAGCUGAGCUUCCUCAGUCAACUCGAUGCUCAUUAAUCAAGAAGCUCCAAGAGACUCUGAAGGACAGAGCGGUUUUGUCAUAUCUGCAGUGUAUGCUGGAGAAGUUGUGCAGUCAGGAAACAGUCGAUACAUCCUUUACUGAAGAGCUGCCAGAGAUUCUAAGAAAUGCCGUCAUCCUUCCUCAGGACUCAGAGAGUCUCACAGAAAAUGUUCCUGCAUACCUGAAUGCAGCUUACCUGCUGGUCAGUGCCAUGGAAGAGUUGCCAGAUAAAACUCUGAUCUUUCUGAGCGAGAGCCAGCCGGAUUUUCUGGAAGCCUUCGACAAACUGCUGAGGAGGUUAAAGGAGAGCAGCAAGCCUCUCUCCAUCCACUAUCUUCCCAUCUCGCUGCAGGUCUUCCAGCAGGCAGAGCAGCUGCUUGGCACCAUCGGAGUGACACUGAGAAGAGAGGCUGAGCAGCUGUGGAGGGAGACUGAAAAUGAUGCAAGAUUUCUCUCUCUGGUCCUCAGCAUUCGUGGGCUGUCCUUGCUGUGCACUAAGCUGUAGUGGUCAUAGUAUUUGCAUAGAUUCUACAUUUUCCAUUCUUUAUUGUAAAUGCUCAUUGAGAAUAAGCUUAUUGUAGUCUCUUGCAAGACUUUCUCAUAUUGUUAUUGCACUUUUUUUAUUUUAUAUAGUUUUUUACAUGUAUUUUCAUAUUUCACAAAUAAUACAUAUUUUUAUUUUUUAAAAUAAAAAAGAAUGUGAGAUGGGUGGAAGUUAAACUUUUUGCAAUCUGAUGUAAAACUUUUAAGGAAUUUGGAGCUCAAACUGGAGCUUUCUAUCCAAAAAGAGAUUUUACCUUUUAACACACAAUGUUUUUUUGCUUCAAUAAUCAGUGAGAAGCUUUAUUUAUUUACACAAUAAGCUGUUCCUUCUUGCCAGGGCUGACGAAAGAUUUGCUAUCCAGCCAUUUUUCAUGUAUACUUCUCAAGUUAUAGGCAUUUACCAUUUCCUGAAAUACUUGCAAUUGUUAGAAAUGUUUUACAGUGUAAAAUUGAAGCCUUGAAGUUUCAUAUACUGAUUAUAUUUGUAUUUAUAUGUUUUAUGAAGUUGCCCCUCCUGAAUCCAGACAGUCUCUAAUUUAUUUUUGGAAAAAAAAACACACUUAACUUUAUUACAUUGAUGCACCUCAAUCAAAUAUUAUUCUAUGAAGUUCACUUUGUAAUUUCUAUUGUGAAGUUAAACAGUGUUUUAUUCUUUAUUACCAAAAAAUAAUGCCUUCUUCGUGUCCACAAGACACUAUCCCAAGUCAAUUGAAGAUUUUUUUUUUUUUUUUUUUUGUACCGGUCCUUGUAUUGUGAAAAUUGUGAAAGUUUCUCUAAUGUCUUGCUGUUUUCCUACGGCCCUGAAACAUGCUGUGGUUCAGCUAAUCUUGAUCCAAAUGUGCUGUUUAACUUUAGACGUAUCUCAAAACUGUCACUUAUGUCUAAGGUCUUAAAGAAAGUUGCUUACCUUAAUUUAAAUUAAACCUGGUGAAAAGUUUCAAAAUGGUUUUGAAUUGCAGCACACAGCACUGAAACGGCCCUUUUCUAAGUUUUUAACAAGCUUCUUUUAACUGUUGAAAUCUGGGUGGAAAUCUGGAGUCCUUUUACUUUUAGGCUUGUCUGCAGGCUUUGAUACUGUGAACCAGGACCUGCCUGAAGACACAUGUAGGCAAUAAGUGUACACCAAUCAAAUUGUUUUAGUCCUGUCUCUCCAACAGGAGACUUUCUCUAAUUUUAAGACAGCACUCUUCCUCUGUGUCUCCUCUAAAUUGUGGCAUGCCCCAGAGGUUGAUAUUAGUGGCUGUUUGUUUUGCUUAGUAAAUGCUCCCUCUGGGUUCUGUUUUUUUCUUUUUUGUUGAGCACACUGUCUCUAAAGCCAGGCUAAAAACCACAGGUGAUAGAGCCUUCUCUGUUGCAGCUUCCAGACUGUCAGGUCCUGUCAUGGACCCUGAAGGGGCCCUCAGACUUUAGGAUUGUUUAAAUCUAGACUAAAAUACACUUUUUCUCCCUGGCUUUCACUGCUAGCUAAAUAGAAUAUGGAGUAUACCUUAGCUUGUUAUUUUUAUUUGUGAUUUUUUGUAUGUGCACGUUGGGCAAUGGACAUAUAUAUAUAUAUAUAUAUAUAUAAAGAUCAGGAUCAUUGAUGAUGCUGCCUGUUAGAAGUUCCGAGGGGACAAAGAUGUAAUAAAAGUUUUUUUUUUUACUCCAACUUUUUAUUUCAAAAUUUUAAUUAUUUAAUGCAUCUAUCCAGUCUCUGGCUGUUCUUCCUGCUUUAGACUCUUUGUGUGCCACAAGUAUUUUCCAUUAAACUUGAUUAAACCA